UGGUGUGUGUUGCGUGCGUGUGUGUGUAGUGAGUGGAGCGAACGCAGCACAGAGAAAGCGCACUCAACGCUCGCGCAGGCACUGGAAAGUGGGGAUAUAGUGCGCGGCGGCAUGGCUUCGUCUCACGGGAAAAGCGAACACCGGUUCGCCGACUGGAUGGCGAAUUUACCUGAGAGCAUGCACAGCAUCCCGCUUACCAACCUGGCCAUUCCAGGUUCCCAUGACUCCUUCAGUUUCUACAUAGACGAGUCCUCUCCAGUGGGUCCUGAGCAGACUGACGCCGUCCAGAACUUUGUGUCCGUCUUCGGCACGGUGGCCAAGAAGCUGAUGCGUAAAUGGCUGGCCACUCAAACUAUGAACUUCUCCAGCCAGCUGGAGGCCGGCGUCCGCUUCUUUGACCUGCGCAUCUCCACCAAGCCCCGGGACCCAGACAACGAGCUCUUCUUCGCUCACGGUCUCUUCAGCGCCACGGUGAGAGAAGGCCUGGAGCAGAUCAGCUCCUUCCUGUCAGCCCAUGCCAGAGAGGUCGUGUUCCUGGACUUUAACCACUUCUACGGGGUUCAGAACCUGCACCAUGAGAAGUUGGUCUCAAUGCUGAGAGACGUGUUCGGGGAGAAACUCUGCCCCGUCGUCUUCGCUCAGGAGGUGAGUCUCCAGUACCUGUGGGAGAAAGAGUACCAGGUCUUGGUGUUCUACCACAGUCCUAUGGCCCUGGAAGUGCCAUUUCUAUGGCCUGGUCAGAUGAUGCCUGCUCCCUGGGCCAACACCACUGACCCUGAAAAGCUGAUCCAGUUCCUCCAGGCCUCUGUGGCUGACCGCAGGAGGAAGGGAACGUUCUUCGUCUCCCAAGUGGUCCUCACACCUAAGGCCAGCACCGUCAUGAAAGGAGUAGCCAGCGGACUGAGGGAGACCAUUACAGAAAGGGCUCUUCCAAGUAUGAUGCUGUGGAUCCGGGCCCAGAGGCCAGGAGAAAGCGGCAUCAACAUCAUCACAGCUGACUUCGUGGAGCUGGGAGACUUCAUCAGCGCUGUCAUUACGCUCAACUACCAUAUGGAUGAGGAGGAGGAAAACGCCACCUGAGACUGAUAGACAGGGGGUGCCAGAGAGUUAAGUCCUCAGCUCAGUCUCACUUUCUCUUUGGUGUUCAUUUUCAGGAGAGGCGUUCCUCUGACUUAUAUAGGGCUAUCAGAGAUUACAGAGGAAGGGAGAGAGGGAGGGAGAGAGAGAGAGGGAAGAAGGGGAUGUUAAGAGAGGAGGAGAAAGGGAGAAUGGACUUUGGUGCUCGGUUAGAGCGCCGAAAGUGAGUGAGAAAUGUUUGGUUUUAUCUGUUUUGGGGGUCAAAAGGGCAAUUGUUUUUUAACGACGCUUGGCUUGGCUUCGCUUCACAUCUUCUGUAACGAUAACUGCUUCUAUCCUCCAAUCACACAAGCUCGUGUUUCUGGCAUUUCCAUUUCUUGUGAGGCUUAGGCUAGCUUAUUAGCAUAUUCUACAGACAUAAAUGUUCUUCGUAUUUUAGUGACAGUGAUGGCUAACCUACAUCAAAACUCAUUUUCAUUAGUGCCGGUAAUACAUCUGAUUGUCGUCAACCUGAUUAGCAUGUCAACUACUCACACAUAGCUGUAGAACUUACUUUACAAUGGAUGGAUGGAUUGGUUGACUGAUAGAGCUUCCCCAAUAGUUAUUAUUAUAGUUUUUUGAUCUCUUUCAAAAUGUCUUGACAAUUUUGUCUCUGUAUCAGUCCUGUCACCAUAAUGCGUAUAUUGAUAACUUCUCCCUGCAGUACAUUGAUUUAGCUCCUAGACCACCUGUAACAGCACUUUCCCAAUGUGACAGAUUGCCAGACAGAUUGAUAUUUGUGUGUCUUUUGAUUGAUUGCCUCUCUCGAGUGCCCUCUGUAGGGUAUUGUAGAUCAGUGUUUCCCAACCCUGGUCCUCAAGUACACCCAACAGUACACAUUUGAAUUGUAACCCUGGAUAAGCAC